AUGGCUUCCACUCAUCACGACCACAAUGUGCAGAGCCUCGACAGUAUCAACACAGAAACAAACACUGCGCCAUCAGACCACUCGACCCCCACCAUGAGUGAAAAGGUCGAUGGCGACAUUGAGAAGGGCAUUCACCCAGAUAAGCACCCAAUGGACUCGGAUACCAGCAUGCCAGAAAAGGAUGUGAGAGCAGAGGCCGCGUUAGAGGAUGGCGAGAACGCUGUCCCAAUUCCGGCGCUGCCACCGGGGCCAGGUCCGCCUCCAGACGGGGGAGCUCAAGCUUGGAUGUCCGUCCUCGGCGCUUUCUGUGGGCUUUUUGUCAGUUUUGGAUGGAUCAACUGCGUUGGUGUUUUUCAAACAUACUAUGAGACUCAUCAGUUGAGCGACCUAUCCACCAGCACGGUGACUUGGAUCACAUCGCUGGAGACCUUCGUCAUGUUCUUCGCAGGCCCCGUCUUUGGGACGCUUUUUGAUAGCUUCGGUCCUCGAUGGAUCCUCCUGGGCGGCACCAUUCUCCACGUUUUGGGUCUCAUGAUGACCUCCCUUUCCACCGAGUACUACCAGUUCAUCCUGGCGCAAGGCAUCUGCAGCCCGAUCGGUGCCAGCGCCAUCUUCAAUGCCAGCAUAAAUUCGGUCAGCACGUGGUUCGCCAAGCGCCGUGCCUUCGCCUUGGGCGUCACAGCGUCCGGCUCCAGUCUCGGCGGCGUCAUCUUUCCCAUCAUGGUCACGCAACUAAUUCCAAAGGUUGGCUUUCCUUGGGCCAUGCGCAUCUGCGCGUUCCUGAUCCUCUUCAUGCUGGUUAUCGCCAAUCUCACCCUGCGGUCCCGAUCGGUGCACUCCAAAAAACAGCUGCAGAUGAUGAACUUCGUGCGCCCGCUGAAGGAUAUCAAGUUCGUAAUCACGGUGGCUGCCGCCUUCUGCUUCUUCUGGGGCAUGUUUUUGCCCUUCACGUUCAUCAUCACGCAGGCGCAGCGCUACGGAAUGUCGCAGCACUUGUCGGAGUAUCUCAUUCCCAUCCUGAAUGCAGCAAGUAUCUUCGGCCGUACCCUGCCAGGUUACCUCGCCGAUCGCGUCGGCCGGUACAACGUGAUGAUCUUCUUUAGUUUCCUCUCCAGUAUUCUCGUACUGGCGCUAUGGCUUCCGUCACGCAGCAACGCACCGGCCAUCGUGUUUAGUGCCUUGUAUGGCUUCGGCUCCGGCGCCUUUGUGUCCCUUGCGCCGGCACUGAUUGCCCAGAUCUCGGAUCUGCGGGAAGUCGGCGUCCGCAACGGCACUUGCUUCUCGAUUAUCUCGUUCGCCGCGCUGACAGGUACUCCCAUUGGCGGCGCGCUGGUGUCAAACGUGCUGCAAGGCUCGUAUACCAGACUGCAGGUGUUCUGCGGUGUGGUCAUGAUGGCCGGAGCGUGCCUGUUUGUCGUGGCGAGGAUAGUGGUUGGUGGCGCGAAGCUGGGCAAGGUGUAA